ACUGACAGAUAUAGAGGAGUUUGACAGCAGUCCAGCUAAAAAGAGCUUCCUCUCACACACAUCCUCAUCUCCUGGGACUACUCUUCUACUCAACAUGAGGGUCGUUAACCGUGGCCCAGACCCGUCUCUGGCAUAUCGACCAAAUCUGGAGACUGACUCUAAAGACCAGGCUGAGUACAGGAACUUUGAGAGUGGGAGUCUGAUCGAUUGUGUGUUAAACACGUACAAGCUGAAGCACACCAACCAGACCCUGGACUUUGUCAAACAAAAGUACUCUGAUUGGUCCAACUGUGGACAUGCCCAGAUGGGGGUGAUGGAGGCCAUCAUGUCUUUGGACCAGCUGGUGGAUGAAUCUGAUCCUGAUGUGGACUUUCCCAACUCCUUCCAUGCCUUCCAGACUGCUGAGGGCAUACGCAAAGAACACCCAGACAAAGACUGGUUCCAGUUGGUGGGUCUGAUCCAUGACAUCGGGAAGAUAAUGGCACUGUGGGGGGAACCCCAGUGGGCUGUAGUCAGGGACACAUUCCCAGUGGGCUGCAGGUUUCAAAACGGCAUCGUCUUCAGAGACAAAACGUUCCUGGACAGCCCAGACGAGGAAAACCACGCUUACAAUACUGAGUGUGGGAUCUACAAUUCCAACUGUGGGCUGGACAAUGUGCUGAUGUCCUGGGGCCAUGAUGAGUAUCUCUACAGAGUCCUGAAGUUCAACAAGUGUAGGUGAGGGAGUGAAUGACCGAGUUUCACCUGUUUCCACCCUCUCCCCCAGGGUCUCUAUAUGAUCCGCUUCCAUUCCUUCUACCCCUGGCAUUCCCAUGGCGACUACAUGCACCUGUGCAAUGACAAAGACCAACGCAUGCUGCCCUGGGUCAGAGAGUUCAAUAAGUUUGACCUCUACACUAAAAGCACAGAGCUGCCUGAUGUUGAAAACCUCAAGCCUUAUUACCAGUCUCUCAUCAACAAGUACUGCCCUGGUGUUCUGCGGUGGUAACUGAAACACAUGCUCUAAAGCAUCUUCCCUGUGUAAAAUGCCUAUAUUGUUCAUACAAUUCAGAUUAAUUAAACAAUUAAACAAUAAACA